AUGAAUUUUUAUUUAUUCCUAACAAUUUUUUUCGCUUCAAUAUUGUUUUGUUGCUGUCCACCACCUCCACCAGUCAUUAAAAACACAAGAGCUGAAGGAUGUUUUGAUGGUAGAUGUGGCUCACAUUGUUCAUACGAUGGUGCUAAGCUAUUUCCAUCAGACAAUCUCAAUCAAAUCGGAAAGUGCCGAAUGUUAAGCUGCAAUAAGAAAUUCGAAGUCACAGUCAAGGGUUGCUUCCUAAAUAUUAGUGGAAGACACACAGUUGCUGAUGCAGAUAUCAAUAGGCCGUACCCAGAGUGUUGCGGCAGAAUCAUACAGACAAUGAAGUGGUAG